AUGGCGCUGCCUAGACGUAUAGCAAAAGAGACACAACGGUUGUUACAGGAUCCAGUUCCGGGUAUUAGUGCAAUUCCAGAUGAAGCCAAUGCUCGAUACUUCCAUGUUAUUAUUGCAGGACCAGAUUCAAGUCCUUUUGCAGGUGGUGUUUUCAAAUUGGAACUGUUUUUACCAGAAGAAUAUCCUAUGGCCGCUCCAAAAGUGCGCUUCAUGACAAAGAUUUAUCAUCCAAAUAUUGACAAGCUUGGCCGGAUUUGUCUCGACAUUCUUAAAGACAAAUGGUCACCAGCUUUGCAGAUUCGUACUGUUCUCCUUUCUAUACAAGCUUUGCUUUCAGCACCAAAUCCUGAUGAUCCACUAGCUGCCGAUGUUGCCGAGCAAUGGAAAAACAAUGAAGUAGAGGCUAUUCACACAGCUCAGCAAUGGACAAAACUUUAUGCUAAUGGAAGUAAUUAAGAAUAAGAAAAAAUAUAAAUAUGGAUAAUAUUUUGGAAUAACGAGGAGGGGAGUAAAUUUAAAAUAAAAUUGAACAUAUUUCCAGGCAGAAACAUUGGUAAAAAUAAAUUUAACGUUUUUUUUUGUUUUGGCUAAGAAUUUAAUUAAAUUUUCGGAAAAUUGCACUGAUUCGAUAAAAGAAAUAUUGAAUCGGUU